GCUCAACGUCGAUGAAGAAAAGCGUCAUUUCGGUAAUUGGCUCAACAGCGACGGGGAAAUCAGAUUUGGCAGUCCAUCUUGCAAAGUUAUUUAAAGGUGAAGUCAUAAAUGCAGAUUCUAUGCAGGUUUACAAAGGCUUGGAUGUCAUCACAAACAAGAUAUCAGAAAGCGAUAAGCGUGGUGUAAACCACCAUCUUAUGUCAUUUUUAGACCGCGAUAAGGAAUACGCGAUACCACAUUUCAUGGCGGACUCUACCUCCCUCAUUAACUCAAUGGCCGAGAACGAUAUUUUGCCUGUCGUCGCAGGAGGGACACACUACUACAUACACCAUCUCCUUUUCGCCAACAAACUCAUCAAGAAUGAGUCACCAGCUAGUCGCUCUCUUCCGGAUGUUCCUUCGCCAUCUUACGUUGAUAUCAUCAGCGUACUCAGCGAAAAUGACCAAAAGUUGGCCAUGAAAUUGCCAGAGAUCAACGAAGCGGAUUAUGAUGCAUCAGAUGAACGUGGUGUACCUCUUUAUGCAAGAUUACAUAGCAUACUCAGUCAGAUAGACCCGCCUGCCGCGAGCCGUUGGCACAUUAGAGAUUUUCGCAAGGUUAAGCGUAGUCUUGAGAUUAUCUGGGAGCACGGAAAAAGGAGAUCCGAUAUCGAGAACGAGCAGAAAGCUCAGCAGGAUGAUUCUCUCUUGCAGACCAGAUACAAAAACCUGGUUUUCUGGGUCUACACAGACCCUGAAGUACUGUCGAAGAGGCUUGAACGACGUGUAGAGAAGAUGACGGAGCAAGGGCUUUUGAACGAGAUAGAGGAGAUGCGUGCGCUUGAAAACGAGUUCAGAGUAGGUGGGGAACAAGACUACACCCGAGGAAUCUUUCAAGCAAUAGGAUACAAAGAGUUUGACGCAUACUUCAAAGCUACCAACUCGCAGGAUCGUGAUGUAGCUUUCAAGAAUGGACUUGAACUUAUGAAGAUAGCGACACGACAGUAUGCAACGAAGCAGCUCAAGUGGAUACAGAACAAGCUUAUCCCUGAGAUACUUGCACAUCAGGAGAGUGCUCAGAAAGUUGGGAACCCUAGUAGCGUCUAUGUUUAUAUGGUUGACUCGUCGGAUAUUUCUCAAUGGGAUGAACGCGUUACGAAACCUGCUUCAGAGAUAUUAGAAAAAUUUCUCAAGGAUGAUACCCUUCCAGACCCGCGAAGCUAUUCGGAAACUGCCAACAAACUUUUCGCGAAGCAGUCUUUGCAGGCUGUCUCAAAUGCCGAGAGAGGGUACCGCAAAGUAAUAUGUGAAGUGUGCACAACUGAUCCACACAAUCCUGUAAUGCUAGGCGAAGGUCUCGAGUAUGAGAACCAUCUCAGGUCGAAAGCUCACAAAGCCAAGACACGACCGAAGGCAACCAGACCUUCUGAUGCCGAAAUAGCCCGUUUAAGAGCUCUAAAGAAUCGUUAAAUUAUUAUUAUAUAAAUUUU